AGUAAUUUUGCUAUUUCAAGUAUAAAUAAGUCGUCUACACCCAUGGAAUCAAAGAGGAGACUUUCUCACGCAAAUUCGGAGGUAGAUUUUUCACGAGGUCUGAGAAAAAGACGUCUGAUUACAAUCAAGCCUGUUAAAUCUGCGGUUAGUGCAUCCGGGAAUUCGGGUGCUUCAGCCAAACUCGCAACUGAUUCUUCGUCUUUCAACUCAACAAAUCCUCCAAAGUCUAGUAAGUUACAUGUGGACUCCAUUAAGUCCCGUAAGUCGGCUGCUGAUCCAUCUAAACAAUUGCAUCGAUCACAUGGCUCUUCAUUCAAUCAUAAGUUCCUGAACUUAACGCCAGAGUCAAAAGAAUUACGCGUAAGUGCUGAUGCGGGGAACGAAUAUGCAGGGAGGAAGAAAGGUCACACAAGACUGAAAUCGUGUAGCUCAUUCGUUCAUCGCAGAGUGAACCAAAAACGUGCAUGCAAGAAAGUGUUUUCAAAUGAUUUACCCAUGGUUGAGAGUAUCUCUUUUCAGAACGCUGGUCAUCAUGUGAAUUACGCGGGGUCUGUUCCUUGUGAACCUACUGAAAAUCAGUCAUCAACCGAUCGAAGCGAUACCUACCAAGGGAUAGAAAAAGAAACAUCAACUGCAAAAGCCUCCUCCUUGAACCCUUCGUCUUCACUAGGGUUGCAGAUAAGCCCUGUUAGAAAAAAAUCGAGAAAACUGAUUGGGGAGUUGAAUAUCGCUAAGUGUAAGGAAGGUGUUGAAGCCUCGAAUUUUAAGGACACUUCGGUGACCUCCAAGGGUCAGCCAUCCUCCUCGAAAGGUUCGGCUUGCGAUGACGGGCGGGAUGAGUUCGGCGUAUCAUUAUCUCAAACCACGGUCAUGCUUACUGAUGUAAUGCAAAGCGAUAGGUUGGAACCGUCAGUCGACGUUUCUACGCCGCUCUUCUCCACACUACGAAAUGCAUCAGUCAAACUGGAAUUGAUUACUGAUAUGUCAGCAGUCAAUGUUAAUUCGCCAAAAGAGGGUUCGGAAGAUGGAGUGAAGUCGAUAAAUUCGAAUGAUUUCAUAAAGAAUUGUGAUAUUACAACCCAGAUAAAAGGUCUCACGACUGAAAGAGCUUCUAAUGAUGAUGCAGAGAUGACGAUUGCGGUAGAGGAUCGGUGCGAUGUUACUCACACAAAUAAUCCAGAAGCAUCAAUGGCUAAUGGAGGGCCGGAAGUAAAACCUCUACGACAAGAUCUGGAGGGUUAUGAGCUGCCGAAGUUGCUGAAAAGCCAGUCGUCAGUUACAUCUACUGAAUCCACCGCCGGCGAUCUUCGUUUUAACAAUACUCAUUGGAUGGUGGUGCCACCAGCGGGAAAGCCAAGCAUUGGUUCACUUGCUUCAACUGGUUCAUCCUCCAAAUCUUCAAUAGCCAGUUCUAAGGAAUAUUCGUGCAAAUCCAAGAAUUUGGUGUCGACGGAAAUUAACACUGCUAUCGGAGCGGCUACGACGUCGUCGACUAGCGCAGUAUCGACCGCCCCCAUGGCGCCCUUACUAACAGGAAAAGUAGCUCUCGUGGACUGGGACUGCUUUAUAGCUAAGGACCAGCGCAGGGCCCGUUGUAAUAAUGCUGCCGUUGCUACUGCUCCCACUACUCCCACUCAUAAUUUCUCCAAGUCACCACUAAAAUCCCAACCUCUCCCCUCUGCCAACGUGAAAGUGCCAUUGUACCGCAGCUCUGACGCUCUUACCUCUCAACUUUUUGAACGCUGUUCUCCUUGCCGUCCAAAGAAAAGGUUUGCCGAUGAGGUCGCAACGCUAUCCCCAGGCAAGAAGCAGGACACCGGUGACAUUAGUUCUGGUAAUUGUUCCUCAAGUCAAACCUGUUUCCGUAAUUCCUCCUCGUCUGGAUCAUUGCAAUUGUUUGCUGAGGGAAGCGUCGUAGAACGUACCUCUGUGGCAAUGCCUUCGAAGUCGAACGAAGAGAUAUCUCCAAAACAUGUAUCCACCUCGUCAUUGGAUUCAUCUCUACCGAUGAAUGAUGAUGAGAAGGUAUCUAUACGCUUUAUGCUCGAGAUCUUUGAUUGCUUAUUUCUUCAAGAGGCUACCGCUCCCGCUGUUAACAAUAGUCAAGAGCUAGCAAUUUCUCCUACUAAAAAUCGUCAAUUUGAACGUAAACGCCUGCGCCCGCGCAAAUCUAUCGACUACUUUGGGUUUGCAAAGAGGACGAAGAAAAGAGUGAGGAUGGAAGAAGUAGUUAAUGAAGUUCUUUCGAAUAAUGGGAAUACCAGACAGACGGAUGCUUGGAAAGACGAAGACUUUUGUCGACUGACUGGCUUUGCAACCCUGGCAGAGCUUAAGGUACAUAGGACGAUCUCGUGUCGAAGAAAGUUAAAGAAAUCAAAACGUUUGAAAGAACGUAACAUUGAGUGGUACUGCCCUGGCUGCCCCUCUACGCAGGGUCCUUUCGAAUCAGCUGCAGCUUUGCUCACCCAUUUGCUUACCUGCCGCACGAAGAAGUCGGUUGGUGGACGCGUAAGGGUCAAUCAUCCAGCACUUUCUUCCGGUCCCCUCUGCCCGUCGACCCUGUUAGGACCCUCCACCACUUUUGGGUGUUCAAUCUGUGGCGUCAUUGUCGCAUCUGAGUCGAGGUUGGAUAAGCACCGCAGGGAUGAACAUAAUUCCUAA